AUGUUUUCCCAGUUCGUCGAUAAGGUCCAUGCUUCGAAGACCUCGUUGGCAUCUACCAUCAGUGCUUGCACAUCGUGCGAUGAAGGUACCACGCCGCCACCAUUUUCGGGUUUUUCUGACCUGAAGGCUUCGGUACGGCGACUGUCGAUGCCGCUCGGACAUGCCAAAAACAUCAGCCAACGACGGCUUAGUCAAAUGGUUACUGCCAUAGGAGAAGUAAUCGAUCAGGAAAUUCUGAUGACCAACGAGGGCGACAGGCCGGCGCCGUUAUUCGGCUCAUCAUUACUGAAUCGAGAAUGGGAACUGGUGACGGUACGCGAAAUGUGCCGUCGGCUCUCGCUCGACGAGAUAGAGCAGCUCGAGAUGCCAAUACCGGAAGGUGCAUCACAAUCACAGAUUCUCGAUGAGCUGAUGAUUAGACAGAUCAUGGAAAUUCUUCCUCCUCGUGCUGAAGGUUAUCCAUGGGUGAGCAUAUAUAACUCGGAGAAGCAUGGAUUCUCGUUGACCACUCUCUAUAGAAAAAUGGUCGAAUUCGAUGAAGAUCUUUCGCCCGUGCUCCUAAUUGUCCGCGAUACUCGUGAGCAUGUAUUUGGAGCCGUAGUGUCGGGUGCGAUUCGCCCUUCUGAUCAUUACAUGGGCACCGGCGACUCAUGCCUUUUAUGGCGAUUCCUCGGCGAGGCCCCACAUACCAGAGAUUUGCGGCAUUAUAACUGGACAGGAGAGAACCAGUUCUUUGUGAAUGCCGCCAAAGAUUCGCUUUCGAUCGCCGACCUAAAUCAUGGCCGAUCGCAGCGAUGUGACACCUUCGAUAAUGAGCCGCUUUCGGGCGAUAAAGAAGACUUCAUCGUGCAAUUUAUCGAGGCAUUCGGUUUCCGAAUGUAA